GGAUGGGAAUGAGGCGCAGAAGGAAGAAGCGGUGGGGGCGCUGUGGUGCAUCGCUAUGAACGACGACAACAAGGCGGCGAUUGUUGCGGCCGGCGGCAUUGAGGUCCUCGUGUCACUGGCUCGCGACGGGAAUGAGGGGCAGAAGGAGAAUGCGGCGGGAGCGCUGUGCAACCUCUCUGCCAACGACGACCUCAAGGUGGCGAUAGCUGCGGCCGGCGGGCUCGAGGUCCUCGUCGCGUUGGCACGUGACGGGAAUGAGGCGCAGAAGGAGGAUGCGGCGGGGGCGCUGUGCAACCUCGCUUACAACGACGACAACAAGGUGGCGAUAGCCGCGGCCGGCGGCAUCGAGGUGCUGGUGUCGCUGGCUCGCGACGGGACUGAGGGGCAGAAGGGGCGUGCGGCGGGGGCGCUGUGGAACCUCGCUCACAACGACGACAACAGCGUGGCGAUUGUUGCGGCCGGCGGGAUCGAGGUGCUUAUUGCGCUGGCUCGCGAUGGGAAUGAGAUGCAGAAGGAGAACGCUGUGUCAACGACGACAACGAGGCGGCGAUUGUUGCGGCCGGGGGCAUCGAGCUGUUCGUUGCGCUGGCUCGCGACGGGAAUGAGAUGCAGAAGGAGAAUGCGGCGGGGGCGCUGUGGAACCUCGCUCACAACGACGACAACAGCGUGGCGAUUGCUGCGGCCGAGGCGCAGAAGGAGAAUGGAGGUCCUUAUUUCGCUGGCUCGCGAUGGGACUGAGAGGCAGAAGGAGGAAGCGGCCGGAGCGCUGUGCAACAUGAUUGAGGCAGCACCUGGCACGCACGAGGGCGUCGUCGAGGCUGGCGGUGUGGCGGUCCUCUCCUCUCUCACGCAGGAGGCAAGUGCCUCGGAUGACUGCAAGUUCGCUGCUGCCAUGUCCCUUAUGUACCUGGCCAGCACCUGUCCCGACCUCGCGGCUGACGACACUUGCCUCUCGCUGCUCCUCUCGCGGCUGGACCAGCCCGAGGAAGAUGGCUGGCGCAGAGACAGCAUCAACGCCCUCCUCGCCCUCGCAACCUCCUCGUCUGCGUGCGCUGAGCAGUGGCACCGGGUCGGCGGCGUUGCGGCGCUGCAGGCGCUGGCGCGAGAGACGGCGGAGGAGGGGGUGGAGAGGCAGGCGGAGAGGUGCAACCAGGCGCUAGUCAGCCUCGGCGUGAGGAGGGUGCGCAGGCGGACGGCCGCGUGA